CCUCGUUCACCGCCUGCUCCGUCUCAUCUGCGCUACCUUUGCCGCGUCUCUCCCGCUCCCGGUGUCUCCCACGCUCUCUCCCUGCGUCACCCCUCUCCCUCGCCUCUGCCGCCAGUCGGUGUCUCGUCCGGCGCCAUGUCGCGCGCCUCGCCGAUGCUGCGUCCGUCGCAGGACGGAGCGGCACCGCCGCCGCACCUCGGCGCCGCCUCACGCUCCGACGGCAUUCUGCCGCUGCCCGACUUGCCGGCGUCGCACCUCUGGACGGCGCGCGAGGCGGCCGUCGUGCGCUCGCGCCAGGGCAGCGUGCUCAACCGCGGCCUCAUCCUCAAGGCCGACCACUUCGCCGGCGCACGCCGCCCGCACCUCGAUCUGCACCUGCAGGGCGCACCCAACUUCCGCAAGGCCGACGUGCCGCUCGAGGUGUACGGCUGCGCGCAGCCGACCGUGACGGGCCUCAAAGGCGUGCUGAGCGUGCUGCAGUGCCAGCCCCUGUCGCGCGCAUCGGCAAGCCGCGACAGCUCCGUGAAUGGCCAGGCUCGGCGGCCCAGCGGCACGGCGCUCUUCCGCAGCGCCCUCGACAAUGCCGCCUCGCGCGACACGUCGCCGUCGCCCGACGCUGGCACGCCGCCGCCGGCCGAGUCACCAGCGGAGGGCCCGUCGACGCCGAGUGCGCCGGAGCGGCCUGCAGCUGAGCCCAGACGACCGUCUGGUCGUCACCUUGGUGUGGCCACGGAUGACAUGGGUCCCGCUCGGAAGUGUGUCUGGUUCUGCACGCGCGAAGAGCCGGUAGUCUACGUGUCGAACCGACCCUUCGUACUGCGCGAGAUAGAGAAGCCGAUGGAGACGUACUCGAUCUCGGACCGCGCCGAGAACCUCGAGUCGAUCGAGACGCGGCUGAAGCAGGACUUGCUGCGCGAGGCUGCGCGCUACGACGGCCUUCUGAUGGUGCACGAGGAGGACGAGAAGGGCCAGCUGAUGCCUGUCUGGGUGGCCAUCGACGCGGAAUCGGUCAGCACCAUCCGCGAGGUCUUCCACAAGGCGCGGAAAGACGGCUGGAGCGUCGACUACCACCGCGUGCCCAUCGCCGCAGACCAGAGCACCGCCGAGAACAACUACCUCGACGCAUAUCUGCGCAUCCUCAAGGAGCUCGACCCGACGAAGACCUCCGUCGUUGCGAACUGUGGCAUCGGCGCGGUGCGCACGACUGUGGCCAUGUGCGCUGCGGUGAUCGUGCGGCGGCGGCAGAUGAUUGUCAAAGGCUUCGACCCACUGCCCGUCUCCCAACGGCUUAUGGAUCGCCCAGUCGCGGACCUCAAGCGCUCAGCAGAGGCGGCGAAUGGCUCGUCUUCUCGCCGUGGUACGAGCCCCGCGCCGGGCAAGGGCAUCGCCAAGUCGCUGCGUGCCGCAUCGGAACAGCACCAGACCGCACAGUCGCUGCUGCGGCUCAUGCGACUCCUCACCUCCAGCAUCGAUGCCGCCUCGAACGUCGACUCGCAGGCUGUGCUCGAGCAGCUGCUGGGCAACCCUGCGGUACUCGAGUCGCUCCAGCGCGCGUACCGCGGCGACUACGGCAUCGUCCGGCAGCUUUGCUCGCUGCUCGAAGAAGGCCUCGAGAGCAAGGCUGUUGCUGAUCUGGCCAUCGACGCAUGCUCGUCGGUCGUGCACCUGCGCGAGAUGGUCCUCUCUGAGCGCGUGGCCUACGCGCUGGCCAAGCACGGGCCCGGUGCCGGCUCCACGGAUGCGUAUGGUGACAGCGCUGCAGAGCACCUGGGCCGCGCCGUGCGCACGCUCGAGCAGUACGCCUCUCUCAUCAUCUUCGCCGAGUACGCCGGCGGCAGCGAGACGGCAGCCUUCGGCCAUCGCUUCUCGACGUAUCUCAAGGGCCGGCCGGAGGUCUGGGGCACGGUGCUGCGCGUCCGCUCCAAGGGCUCGCAGCUGUACCUCUUUGCGCCCGUCGAGGAUCUCAGCGUGCUCAGCCGGCCCAGCUCGAGCAUGUCGGAGGUUGGCCAGCUCAUGGGCGGCUUGCGUCGCGGCACCGAGAGCCGCGCAGAUCCCGAGCAGCCCGGCGACGAGUUCGCCGAGCACAUCGUCCGCAACCGCGCCGGCGUGGUGCUGCGACCAAUGAUGCUGCUCAAGCAGGACAUCUGGCGCAAGUUCAUCGAGCGCGACCGCCAGACGGCCGGCACGGCCAACGUGCGUGGAGCCGUGAACCUGCGCCGCGUGCCCGACAGCAACAUCUGGGUCACGGGCCAGCCGACGAAGCAAGGUCUCAUCGGCAUCGUGCGCAGCAUCCAGCAGCAGCUUGCGCUUGCGGGAGCGCGUCAGAGCACAUUGGAGGUCACCUGGCUGACGCUGCGCGAGGAGCCGCUCAUCGUGGUCGCUGGCAAGCCCGUCGUGCUGCGCCAGAAGGGCUCGUCGCUGCGCAACGUGCGCGAGUUCGGCGGCAUCUCGUGGGACCGGCUGAAGCUGCUCGAGGAGAGGCUGAAGGCUGAUGUGCUCUCCGAGCUGGAGGCUGGCGAGAACAAGCUACUCCUGCACGCCGAGCUCGAUGAUGGCGAAGUGGUGCCGCGCUGGGAGGAGAUUCAGCCCAGCGAGGUUCAGACGCUGCAAGAGGUGAUGACGGACGCGACGCACGAGCUCGCACAGCCGCUCUCCCCGGCGGAGGGUGGCGCCAAGGGCGUCAAGCUCUCCUACCGCCGCAUCCCGCUCACUGCCGAGCGGCCGCCGCACCCUGAUGACUUCGACGAGAUCCUGCGCCUCGUCAUCAAGGCGAAGCUGAACGACAAUGCGCUCGUGCUGAAUGACCAGCUUGGUCGCGGCCGCGGCACGCUGACUGCCGUCAUUGUUCUGCUCAUCGUGCGCUGGCUCGACCGUCAUCGCGAAGCUACGGCCACUACACCCUCAGUCACUUCGCCGUUGGAGGCGAAGGACGAGAGCAUUCCGCACACUCAGCGAGAGGCUCUGAGCUACCACGCCGUGAACGCCCUCCUGCGCAUCAUCCCGCACGGUCUUGAGGUCAAGGCUUCCGUGGACGAUGCGAUCGACCGCUGCGCAUCGUCUGUGAUCAAUCUGCGCGACGUCAUCGAAGACACGCGCCUCGCGGCUGAGGAUCUCGAUGACGAGGCGCAGCGGCAGGCCAAGGUGCAGGCGGCGAUGCACCACCUGCGGCGCUACUACGAGCUAUGCCUGUUCCAGGCGUACCUCAAUGCCACCAGCCUCGACACUCUGGACGCGUUGCCGACGUUUGAGUCGUUCAUCAAGCGGCAGCCGGUGCUCGAGACGCUCUCACAGGAGUUUGACAAGGUCGACAUGGCGACCAUCACGCCGCUGCAGAAGCUCGAUGCCGAAGGCGCCGCGCUUGAUGAGGAGGUGCAGGCUGUCGUCUCAGCGCGUUCGGGCUCUGUGCUCUCGGCCUUCACCAUGCUCAAGUCCGACAUGUUCCCGGGCCUGGCCAAGAUCAGCUUGUCGCAGAUCGAAGGUAUCCCGAACCUGCGCGGCGUGCCACUUGUCCUUGGCGGCGACAGCCAGAGCGACCGAGCAGCGCUGCGCACAUGGGGCCAUGGCAUGCCGUCGAUCGAGGGCCUGCGCCGCGGCCUCGAGUACAUGGAUGCCGGCCCGUCUGGCAAGGCCCGCGUCGUCGCGUCGUCGAUGCGCGAGGAGCCCGUGCUCUUCGUCAAUGGCAGGCCGCACGUGCUGCGCCUGGCCGACCAGCCGCUCACGAACGUCGAGGCCACCGGCAUCACAAAGGACGUCGUCGAGUCGAUGGAGCAGGCGCUGAAGGAGGACGUGCUCAAGGAGCUGCGCAAGUACGACGGCCGCCUGCUGCUGCACGACGAGAUCGAGCUUUCCGGCGGCCGCUACGAGAUUGUCCCGCAGUGGUUCCCGGUCCGUGACCAGGAUGUGCUGACGCCGCGCGACGUGUACGAGUCGAUCCAGCGCGAGGGCUACCGCGUCGACUACGCGCGCAUCCCAGUGACCGACGAGCAGGCGCCCGUCCCUGCCGUCUUCUCCGAGCUGGAGGAGCGCGUGCAGCUGGCACUUCGCACCGACGCAGCGCCCAUCAGCAACUGCCAGAUGGGCCGCGGGCGCACGACGACGUCGAUGGUCAUCUCCAUCCUGGUGGCCACCGUGAUGGAGCACGCCGAGGAGCUGCUGCAGGAGGACAUGCAGGCGAGCUUCAUGGCCGAUCCGAGGGCAAACGACGACGACGCAGACGGCCUCAUGGAGGGUGCCAAGGACAAGAUGGACAACCGCGAAGACGACCUGCAGCUCGCGGGCGAGUACCGCUCGAUUCUGCAGCUCUGCGGCGUGCUCGCGCACGGCAAGCUGGCCAAGCGGCUGACCGACAAGGCCAUCGAUGCGUGCGACCAGGUGCAGAACCUGCGCAAGGCCAUCUUCGACGCCAAGCUGCGCGCCGAGAAUGCCGACCCGGGCACCAAGAAACACACGCAUCUCAGCCGCGUGUACAACAACUACCUGCAGCGAUACGGAUACCUCAUCGUCUUUACCUCCUACCUGCUCGACAAGGUGGCGGCGCAGAGCGACGGCGCCAAUGCGGCGGCCGACGACGACGACACGCGCUCGGUGGUCUCGCGCGCCUCGACGGCGCAGACGGGCCAGACGACCGGCCGCUUCCCCAGCUUCCUCUCGUACCUGCAGCCGCGCCGCGAGAUCCAGGCGAUCCUCGGCCGGCGCCUCGAGUAGACGGACACGUCCAAGCCUCCACGUCACACACACAUACCUCUAGAGCCACGCCGUGAAUUGAUGAUGGUGAUACAGAU